AUGGAGAAGAAGGAUCAGAAUGACAAGAGCAAGAGCAUUCACGACAUCCUCCCUCUUGAGCUUAUUCACGGAAUCCUACUGCGGGUGCCAAUCAGACAUCUCGCUCGCCUCAGGUGCGUUUCCAAGUUCUGGUGCUCUCUAAUUUCUGAUCCUGACUUUGCGGAAUUGCAUUUUCACCACUCUCCCGCUGCCACCAACACAUGCUUCUUCAUGGAAAACCCCACCAUGGCUUACUUGGUUUACUUAGAUGACAAUGAUGCAUCACAAAAAGAGGUGUGUCCCCCUUGCCAGAAGAAACCACCUUAUGAUUUUGAGGUCUUGGGAUCCUGCAGAGGCUUUAUUCUCUUGGAUCGACACCCACAUUUUCUUGUGGUAUGGAAUCCACUGACUGGAUUCAGCAAAAGAAUAUCCUAUUCUCAUAUUGUUCCUUCUCGUAAGUACCUUGACUUUAGGCUUACCGACUGUACGCAUCUGCAUGGAUUUGGUUAUGAUGCAUCACAGGAUGAUUACUUAGUUGUUGCAGCUUGGGGGGAUUCUGAAAGUCAAGAAGAUCACUUGGAAUGUUUGUCCUUGAAAACUAAUUCAUGGAUUAAUCUUGAUGCUGCACUUCCUAAUCCCUUGGGUAUUUAUCACGGUCGUUCUCGUGGGUUGUUCUUGAAUGGCGCUAUUCAUUGGGUGUCUUCCAUUCUUAAAGAUUACAGGGAUGCUAUUCUUAUCUUUGAUCUCAAGGAAAGGACUUUCUCAAUGAUAUCUGCUCCGGAACAACUUCCAACGAGUGCAUACUUCUAUCCAAGUCUCGCCAUAUUAGGAGGCUGCCUAGCCUUGUAUUAUCACAAUAAUGAUAGCUAUAAAACUCACAUAUGGGUGAUGAAAGAAUAUAAAGUGCAAUGUUCUUGGACGCUCUAUCAGAUUCCUUCCUCUGGAGGCUUCCAGCCUCUGUGCUUAUCUAGUAAUAGGUAUAUUAUUGGAAGAUUUUAUCAAGUAACAGGAUACUUCAUGUAUAACGCAAGCGGGGACCUGCUCAUGAAUUUUAAAAAUCUUUGCUGUUCAUUUGAUGCAACCGAAACUGUGUAUACAGAGAGUCUCUUGCGACUUCCUAGUAACAUUAAGGAUAAGGAUAACUAA